AUGCAAGUGUGGAGGAUGCAGGGAUAUACAUCUGCACAGUGGAAAAUGUAUUUGGGAAACUUCAGUACAAGGCCCAUGUCAACAUAACAGGCAUUGUGAAGCCCAUUAUUGAUAAGAAGAAUGGAAACCAUCCACAGACCACAGUCAAACGAGGGAUGGUGGUAGAAUUGCCAUGCAAAAUCAUCUUGAGCAAUCCUCCGCCAGUCAUAAUGUGGUACAAAGAUGGUGAGAUUCUUGAUGAAGAACAGAUGCAGUGGGAAGGCAUAAUUAUACUUACUAAUGGAUCACUCGUUAUUUCAUACACUACACAGGAACAUGAAGGAACGUAUGAAUGUGUUGCCAGCAAUGUUGGAGGCACUGUCAGCCAAGCUGUUACACUGCAUGUGUUAGAACCCCCUAGCUUUCCACCUGCAGGGCCAGUUGAGUUCAAAGUGCUGGCUGGCGAUGACAUCGUGAUACCAUGUCCAGCACUGGGCGAUCCUGAGCCCAUUGUCACAUGGAAGAAAGAUGGGCUGCCUUUGUCUCUUAGUCACACUGUUUACAAGAAUAAUGAAGACAACUCACUGGUAAUGACCUCUGUGAGUACAGCAGACAGUGGGACAUACGUAUGUACGGCAGUUAACCCAGCAGGAGAAGGAAGUAAAACAAUGGCUCUGUUUGUGCAAGUGCCACCACACAUAUUGCCAGGAGGGCAUUCAGUAAGUGCCAUAGAUGGUCAGAUGAUUACAUUAACAUGCGAGGUAGAAGCCAUCCCUAAACCAGUGAUCACAUGGCACAAAGAUGAAGUGCCCUUAUCUUCUUAUGGGAAUGAAGUCAUGUAUUUUGACAAUAAUGCCACUGUCAGAUUUGUGGCUACCUUUGGCAGUUCUGGGCAUUAUAGAUGUGAAGCUGUGAAUGAUGCAGGGUCUGACAGGAAAGACAUAUCCUUGCUGGUGUUAGUACCACCAAGCAUCUAUCCUCCUGAAGAUGAAAUCCACAUAUUGAAUGCAACUCAGUCACUUUCCUUAAGCUGCUUUGCUUCUGGUUAUCCUCGUCCGCAGAUUCGCUGGGAGAAAAAUGGCAACGAUAUCAGCAACAACACACACAUAAGUGCAAAUGAAGACGGAAUUUUGAAUAUAAAAAACAUUCAACCCACCAUGGCUGGAGUGUAUGUCUGUGAUGCAGAAAAUGCAGGUGGAAUAAUGCAGAAGAUAUUCUACCUCAUCGUCCAUGUACCACCAAGUAUCGAAGUGGACUUUCCAACACAAGUACAACUAAUAGAAGGCGAUGACUAUUCCUUGCCCUGCUCAGCACGUGGGACACCAAGUCCUGAAAUCAGUUGGAGAAGAGAUGGACUGUCUGUCAUCGGGCAUAAAGAUGAGCAUGUGAUGGUAUUAGAAGAUGGAACCCUGGUAAUCACAUCUGCUACCCUCAACACAACUGGAAUUUACACUUGUGUAGCAGAAAACACAGAGGGGAGUGACCAGCAACACUUCCUUAUCGAAGUUUUAGUGCCACCAUCAGUGAUGGAAUCUGGGGAAAGUAGAGUUGAAGUCAUCGAGGGAGACUCUGUAGUCAUAGCUUGUCCUCCCAUCGAUGCAAUCCCACCACCACAGAUCCAGUGGCUGAAGGAUGGGAAACCUCUAGACCUGUUGACAAAUGAAAGAUCUGAUCAGGUACACUUUACUCUUCUGGAUGGUGGAAGAUCUCUCAAGUUAGAGGAAGUCCAUUCAGCCGAUAGUGGCACAUAUGCCUGUGUUGCAACAAAUCUUGCUGGGUAUACUGAUGCUGAAAUCAAACUUGAUGUGCUGUUAUCACCUUAUUUUGAGGAAUUCAGCUACAUGCAAGAGAGGACAGUUGUGGCAGGAACUGAAGUCAGAUUUCACUGCAAUGUGUCAGGAAAUCCAAAACCAAGGUUGUUAUGGCGGAAGAACAACCUCCCAGUUACUCCACAUACAGCUCCAGGAGUGGUGCUGUCUCCAGACAGGCAUUCUCUCACCAUUCCCAAUGUGAGGCCUCAUGAUGCCGGUCACUAUCAGUGUGCUGCCACCAAUAGAGCUGGCCACAAUGAUCGCGAUUUUCGCCUCAGUGUGUUAGUACCUCCAGAUUUAGAUGGUCCCAUUGAAGAAAUGCAGGAAGCUGUGAAAGGCGAACCUGUUUUAUUGCAAUGUCCGAUCACUGGAUUACCUAAUCCACAAAUCAGGUGGACAAAAGAUGGAUUUGACUUGAAUUUUAAUACAGCAACCAACAUUAUCCUGUCAAAAGAUCAAAGAAUUCUUGAGAUUUCAAAAGUGCAACCACGUGAUGGAGGAAUAUACAUCUGCACAGGUUCAAAUGAAGCAGCAUCGAAGGCAAAACGUUUUAACCUGACUGUAUUUGAACCUCCUGUUAUUCAUCAGCAACAGUUCAUUGAAGAUCUGAAAGUGAGAGUGGGUGGUGGUGUUUCUUUUGUAUGUACAACCAGAGGAAACCCCAAGCCAGAUAUAAAGUGGCUGCACAAUGGCCGCAUUAUAGAGAAAGGAAUAAAUUACAUGAUCAGCAACUCUAUCAGUGAUAGAAGCUCAGUACAGGAACACACAGUUUCUUUACAGCAAGUCAAAAUUACAGAUGCUGGGAAGUACACUUGUCUGGCUUCUAAUGUAGCUGGAGUUGCAGAGAAAAAUUACCGCUUGAAGGUGAUAGUGGCACCAAAGUUAUCCAUGCAUCGUGAAGACUCCAAUGUUAUUGAGUCCCUUGAAGGCCUGCCAAUCAUAAUUAAGUGUCCUGUGGUUGGUAAUCCUGUUCCUGACAUCCACUGGAUGAAAGAUAGUGUGCCACUAGAUGCGCAAGAGGCAGUUAGAACUGAAGCUGAUGGUCACAUGUUGUACAUCAAGGACAGUCGGCCAGAACACUCUGGAAAUUACACGUGCGUGGCCCAGAAUCAUGCCGGCAACAUCAGCAAGAGUUUCCAGCUAGAUGUCCUGGUACCUCCUGUGAUGGCAGACAUGGAAGAACAGACAAACUUGAAAGUCACAGUAAAUGAAACAUUGACUCUGAACUGUAAUGUUACUGGCCACCCACACCCUAAUAUCUUAUGGUUCAAGGGAUCUGCACCAGUAACUAAACAAAAAUGGUCUCCAGUCAAGUUUAAAGACCAUAACAGAACUCUCGUAAUCCACAGGGUGUCAUCAAGGCAUAAUGGAAAAUAUUCCUGUCUUGCCAGCAACAUGGCUGGAGAUACAGAACUCACAUUUAAUGUUGAAAUUCAAGAGCCUCCACAAAUGUCUGCUGGUGUACCAGAGAAAUCUAAUCACACUGUUCUGAUACACAGACGGCUGGUUCUGAAAUGCCCAUUGUACGGAUCUCCACCACCAGAAAUUACAUGGUAUAAAGAAGGAAUUCCUGUUCAGAAACAACUUGGGAAUGACUUCCACAUUUCAUCAGAUGGAAAGCAGCUGCACCUGAUGCAUGCAUUGACCAAGAAUUCUGGAAACUAUUCAUGUGUUGCAGAAAAUCCAGCAGGAGCCAAGGAACUGCAAUUUGAAGUUAAUGUUUUAGUUCCAGCUGAAUGGAGUACAUGGUCAAGCUGGAGUGACUGUAGUGUUACGUGUGGUCUGGGAGAACGAAUUCGUGUAAGAGUAUGUGGUGAAGAUGCAGAAGAAUUUGUUGAUGAAAGCAAUUGCCAAGGAAAUCCAGAGCAAAUACAGAGUUGCCACAUGUCUGAGUGUCCAAUCAAUGGCAUGUGGAGUGAGUGGUCAGACUGGACAUCUUGUUCAGAAUCUUGUGGUCGUGGUACCAGGCGACGCUAUCGCAAGUGCAACAACCCUGCACCGAUUUAUGGUGGAAAACCCUGCCUAGGAGCUGAUGGACAACAGGAGUAUUGUAACCAACCUCCAUGUCCUGUUCAUGGAAAAUGGUCUGAGUGGUCAGACUGGAGUCCAUGUUCAGCCUCAUGUAAUAAUGGCACAAAACACAGGUCCAGGAUGUGUAACAAUCCUCCUCCAGCCUUUGGCGGUAAAGAGUGCAUUGGGCCAGACGUGGACUUCAAAGACUGCAACUCACAUAAGUGUCCAGUGAAUGGUGGCUGGUCAGCUUGGAGUGAGUGGACACUCUGCUCAGUAACCUGUGGGCAUGGCAACAAGCGGAGAUACCGGGCAUGCAGUAACCCAGCACCACAACACAAAGGGGUACCGUGUAAGGGAGAAAAUUUGCAGAUUGAGAAGUGCAUGGCUAGGAGCUGUGAUAAUAUUCCUCUAGUAGCUGCCCUUCAUGUAAAGGGAAAUCUUAAUGGGCAGAACCUACAUGAUAAUGUGAUUGCUGCCAACAUAACAGACAUGGGACCACGACGAGCAGUGUCAGCUACCAUGAAAGACAUAAUUAAACAGCAGGCUGGCUGGUUUCCGUAUUUGACAUUUUUACUGUCUCCAGUGUCGUGGAAUACAGCAUAUGAAGUUGAUGAAGCCAACAAUGGCUAUUCCCUCACAAAUGGAAAUUUUAGACAACAUUCACAGAUCGAGUUCGCUACGGGGGAGGAACUGGUUGUUACUCAUGUUGGCCGAGGCAUCGAUGAAGUUGGAACGCUUCAAGUGGACAUCGAAGUUAACGGAGAAGUACCUCUGGUGCAGCCAGAAGCAUCUGUAUACAUAGAACCAUUUGAAGAGGAUUAUGUCCAGACGAGUCCCAAUUCUUUGUAUGCUUCAUCUACCAAUGCACUGAGUGUUAAUGGACAUAAACUUCCAUAUACAUGGAACAACACAGUGUCUUAUGACACCCUGCAGGGAACAAUGCCAUACCUUGUGGAGAAGCUCUCUGCACGAGAUAUUGAUGUAGACUACAAUCCUGAGCUACAAGAGAUGACAUACAUAAUGUCCACUGUAAUUGGAAAGAAGUUUGACAGUGACAAAUGCCCAGAGGGUUUUACCCGUGAUGAGCUGCACUUACACUGCAGAGACAUAGACGAAUGUCAAGAUAGAAGCACUAACAGAUGUCACUACACACAGAUUUGUGAGAAUCUCUUCGGAUCAUAUCGAUGUUUCUGUCAUCCCGGUUACAAAUCUAAAGCAAUUGGGAAACGCUGCACAGAUAUAAAUGAAUGCAUGGAAGAUCCUUCAAUCUGCUCUCACCAGUGUCGUAAUGUGAAAGGAAGUUUCAAGUGCCUUUGCCCAAGGGGCUAUGUGUUAUUAGAAGAUAGCAGAACAUGUUCAGGUGUACAGUACUGGAUUGAUCGAAAUGAGCCCUAUUCAGGUCCACACAGUGAUAAGUUGAAUUUUCACUCUCAAUCUUCACAUGGUCUCCGCAGCCUUCCAGCAAGUCACAGACAUAACAGUGAUUAUGAGUACCAUCAAGAUGCCAACUACAUGUUAACUCGCCACAGACCACAACAAACUUGGAGCAGAACAAGAGAUAUCUGGAGCUGCCCUCAAGGGUUUGAGCCAUCCAAUGGAAUAUGUCAGGAUGUGGAUGAAUGCAGAAUUGUUCCCAGUGUGUGUAACACUGAACAAACAUGCCUAAAUAUCAAGGGGACAUAUCGGUGUCUGGAGACACCAUGCCCAUCAGGUUAUGAGAGAGAUAUGGACACAAGGAACUGUGUUCAUUUUUGUGAUGAACCGGGUGCUGUCUGCAAGGAAGGUCCACUGCUGACACAGACUGUUAGUUACAUUGUACUUACAUUAGACAGAAAUGAAGUACAGCCAUAUCAAGAUUUGAUGCAGUUUACUGUGUUUGGAGAAGAUGGUAGGCAGUUGCCACGAACAAGAUACAGGAUAGUUGAAAAUGAGACAGGUAAACCAUUCCGAGUUCGAAUUGAGAACGGACAAGGCAUUCUGUACACAUUGAAAUCUCUCAAAUUGGGAAGACUAUACAAGAUAGUGGUUCUUGCACUGUCAUAUGACGAAGAUGAACGCAACAUUCUUUACACAACUAAAUAUGUCACAUUCAUAAACUUGCUUGAUGGUUCUUAAUUAACCAUUAAAAUGUAAAUUAUGCCAUUCUUGUAUGGAUGACAAGAAUGAAUUAUAACUGAAAAACUGUGAACCAAUAUAAAUCUCUUAAAAUAUUGCACUAACAAA